GUUUUUGGCAAGAAUGGAGCCGGCCAAUUAUGUUGGCAUGGCAAUUUCGGCCAGCCACUUUCCUCCUCACUUUCUUCUCUUGCAAGACUUGCCUCUCAACUACCCCAACAAUUAAAUGGGCAGCCACCCAUCCUAGCCAAUCAAAAAGGAGGCAGCCAACCCCCUCUCCCUCUAUAAAUGGCCCUUGGCCGGCCACCUCCACUCCUCUUGCUCUCAUUUUUCUUCUCUCCACUCACUCCUCCACCUUAUCUACUCCCUCACACUCUUCUCCUACUCUCCCCCACGAAAAUGCAGCUCCACCUAGCUCCCAUGGCCGGCCAUGGCCAUGGAAAGAACUCCAAGAUGAAGCUCCCUCCUCCCUCAAGCUCCUCCUCACCAUGAGAGCCUCCCUCUCCUUCUUCUCCCCAACCCUAGAUGGUUUUCUCUCCUCUUCCUCUUCCUCCAUUGCUAAGAUUGGAUCUUGAUACAGGUGCAUGUUGGUCCAAGCAUGGAGAAGCUUGAGCUAUCCUCAGAUCUGAAGUUCUUGAGCAAAAUCCAAAUCGAGUGCUUCAAAGUUCCGCCGAUAGAUACGAAAAAGAUCUACAACUUGCCGUUGGUCUCAUCCUCAAAUUCGUUACGGAUUUCGCAUGGUCAAGAUCUGGUCAGAUCUGGAUUUGUCGAAUUAAACCAGGAGCUUGGAAACGAAUUUUGGAGUGAAUCAAGUUGGGGGAUGUUUGGGUUAUACCAUGGUGAUAACCGAGAGAGGCAAUUGCUAAGUUGUGAUACUCUCAUACCUUUACUAGACGCGAGCAAUUCCGGAGAAGAAGAAGAAGUGGAAUUGGACGAGGAUUUUAUUUAUAUUGUUGGGAUUCUUAUAUUGAUAGAGUUGAAGAAGUACAGGGACAAAUAAGCCAAGGCAAGCCAUCUUUUGAUCUCUGAUUUGGUGUCUAGUUGGAUGUCAAUUGUUGAUACCCAAAGCACCUUAAUUCUAUGAGUGUUAUUCUCUCUAUUUAUGUCAUCUAUGUGUGAUUGCAAGUGGGGUACUCCCUAGUGGUGAUACUCCACUAUUGUCUUUGUGAUUAUGGGAUGCAUGGUAUCAUGGCCGUGCUAUUCCACUUGGUUAUCUUGUAUGCUCAACUUGAGCAUGUUCCAUCUCAAGAUAGUAAA